AUUACAUAAUACCAGUUUAUUCUUGCGAUAUCUCUUAAAUUCUUUAAGAAAUUUCGAUUUUCUAAAACAAUUUAGUAGAUAUUUUGAUUCUAGAAAAUAUUACCGAUAUUCACUGAGAAAUUAAUACAAAAUGUCUGAUAACUCUGAAGAUAAGAAAUUGACAAUUGCCAUAAAAAUCCAAAAACGAGACGAGGAAAGAAAAGCCGAAGUCACUCGUCGAAAGGAUGAGAUUUUGUCUAAAAAGCCGGAAAAUGAAAAGAUUGACGUAUUCGAUUCUAAUUUCCAGCUUUUAAAGGUAGAGAUUGAAGAAAAAUUGGCAUUGACAGUUGAACCAAGUGAUGCUAAAGAACAUAUUGAUGAUAUCCUUCAGAGUAUUCGAAAAGCGCAGAAACUCUUAACAGAUUCAAUAAAAUUUGUUCCUCCUGUUAGAAUUGCUUUCAUACAGAAUUUAAUCAAUAAAUUUGAAAGAAACUUGUUAGUUAAGGAGGAGACUUUAAAGCCAAAGAAGAAGUUUGCGUUUAAAAAAGCUAAAAAAGUCCAAGGGCCUAUUCAAUCCACAAUGAAAAUAGCCAAGAGCGAAGAAACAAGGGACGAAACGAAAAAUUUCGGUUUUUCUAUAGAAGGGAAAAUGGACGAAAACAUUACUAUUGAAGAGAAUCAAACUAACCAAAAAGAUAUCCUUAUAUCAAAUAUGAACAAUUGUACUAUAAGAAUUAUUGGUAGUCCUGGCACAUUACAUAUGGUCAAUAUCGAUAAUUGCACUAUUCUUUCUGGCCCUUCUUCAACGUCUGUCUUUAUUGAAUUAUCGAAAAAUAGUCGAUUCGUAAUGGCAGGACAACAAUUUCGUAUUCACAAAACCGAGUCGUCAGAUUUCUACAUUCACGUUACAAGUCGAGCCAUAAUAGAAGAUUGUAAUAGUGUUAGAUUUGCUCCAUAUGUCUUUAAUUACGAAAAACUAGAUGAACAUUACAAAUUAUCUGGCUUAGAUAAAAGUGUUAAUAAUUGGGAACUUGUAAACGAUUUUAAUUGGUUAACUACAACGAAGAAAUCACCAAAUUGGGAUAUAAUACCUGAAGCGGAUAGGCAAACCUUUAUAUAGCAUGAAAGAUUUUAUUUUUAUUUUGAAAUGAAUAGAUUUCUAACAUUGAAACUUGUCUCUAUUCCAUAAAUAACUAAAUAAGAAAUACUAGAAAAAGGAGAGCAUUCUUGUAGAAAGAGAUAGAAUACUUUAAAUAGUAUUGUACUAUGUUAAACUAGGAUUCUAAGAAUACUAAUAAAAAGGAAAGAAAAAUAUCUUACUUCUUUCAAUUAGCAACGCAAAUAUUACAAUUCUAUUUCUCAAAAUAUUUAGAUAGUAGAGAAUGAAGUGUUAAGGGAAACUUUUGCAUUUCUUCUUAGCGCUAUAGAAUGAAAGCUAAUCUAACGUUAAUAAACUUUACAGGUACACGUAGUUAAUUACUAAAUAAGUGAAUAGUAAAAAUAAUAAGACAUUUUUGUGAUGUUCUAAAGCCUUAUUUACAAUUGGAAGCUGUUUGGUAUGUUAUCAAUGCGAUAAACGAUGGCAUUAUGACUGCGUUACUUCAGACUAUUUGGUUACUUGUCCGUCUUUUGAGGGAAAGGCGGCAUGUAUGUCGAGAGCACAAAUUUAUGUUAAAAAUAGGCGUCUCUACUGGAAAGAGUGUUCCUCUAUGGAUGCUUGUCUUUCGAUAGAAAAGGAUUAUAAUAAAUCUAAAUCAUGUUCUAAAGAUGACGGAUCUAUGUGCAUUCAUUGUUGUAAUACAAACGCUUGUAAUAAAGUUGAUCCGAUUGAAGUAUAUGAAAAAAACAAUGGCGAUUAUUCUCAUCUAAAUGUUUUAGUGUCAACUUGGCCUGUUUUUUUGACAGGUUUAAUAAAAUGAAAUUGAGUCUUGUUUUUUGUUGGUAAUACGUUAAAUUUGUUUAUUUCAAAGGACUGUCGGGAUUGAAUUGAUCAUAUAUAUAUUAAUAUUUGAUGUAUAUAAAAAAUGUAUGAAUCUUUAUAUAAAUGAAUU